AUGUUGUCUACAUGUGUUCCUCAUCAGUAUCACUUUGUGAAUGUGAAGAAGACCUGGACUGAAGCACAGUCAUACUGCAGAGAGAACUACACUGACCUGGCCGCUAUUAACAACCAAGAGGACACAGAUGAGCUGAUUAACACUGUAAAUGUUAAUGUCGGCCAUGUUUGGUUUGGACUAAAGUGGGAGUGGGAGUGGUCUCUUUCAGACAGUAACCAUUACGGACUGGGAAAGAUGGAAUUCAUAAACUGGUACAAUGGGGAACCAAACAAUUACCCUAAUCCUUCUGAAGAUUGUGGACUAAUGAAAAUUGAUGGGAAAUGGAAUGCUGUGCCGUGUGCAUUGGUAUACCAGUUUGUGUGUUAUGACGAGGGGAUGGUCAGCAGUGAGAGAUACAUAGUGAUUACUCAGGUCAAAAACUGGAGAGAAGCUCAGAGCUACUGCAGAGAACAUCAUACAGAUCUGGUCAGUGUGAGGAACCAGACUGAGAAUAACAUGAUAUGGAGUUUGAUAAAGGACAGCACUAGCAAUGCCUGGAUUGGCCUGUUCAGGGGCUCAUGGAAAUGGUCAGAUCAGAGUAACUCAUUCACAAACUGGGAAUCUGGACAACCUGAUCAUAAUGUGGGUAAUGAGAACUGUGCUGUCAUGGAGGUAAACGGUAAUGAACUGGGACAAUGGCAUGACUAUCCAUGUGGCACUAAAAAACCAUUUGUUUGCUAUGAAGACAAGCUGAUCCUGAUUAGUGAGCCUCUGACCUGGAGUGAAGCUCUGAAUCACUGCAGAGAGCAUCAUGUGGACCUGGUCUCAGUUCACUCAGAGAAGAUUCAGAACAAGGUGAAAGCGGUGGCUGAAAAGGCCUCCACUGCUCAUGUGUGGCUGGGCUUACGCUACAGCUGCACUCUGGGCUUCUGGUUUUGGGUGAGUGGAGAAUCUUCCUGCUACCAGAACUGGGCUCCAGGGAAUGGAACUGGGGUGGAGGAGUGUGUAAAUGAAGGAAGAACUGGAGCAGUUGAGACCAGAGGAGUCAAACAAUGGAUCAGCCUUCCUGAGAAUACCAGACUGAACUUCAUCUGCAGCAACUAUGAAGAAGACUGAACAGAACAGUGGAGAUCAGCUGGACCUUCUAACUUCAGCCUCCAUGUCAGAUGAGAUGAGUGUGUAACUUUUA